GUGUAUGGGGGGGGGGAAUGAGUGGAUACAAUGUAACAAAUGUAUCUAUUACAUACAAUAUGACCGCCAAUUAAAUGCGCCCAGCAGGGGCGGACUGACAACUCAUGGGGCCCCCGGGCAAUAGGGGAUCAUGGGGCCCCUGUGUCCUUGCCCAAACUCAAAAAAGCCUAUGAACAAGGUACCAAGGACAUCUCAUGGGGCCCCCUACUGACCCCGGGGCCCUCGGGCAGUGCCCGAGUUUUCCAAAUGGUCAGUCCGCCCCUGGCGCCCAGUGAACUGUUCAUCACCAUUGGAUGUG